CUUUGCUGAAUGCAUUCGCUUCAGAGGCCGAUUGCGCUGAAGCAUUAAAAUGUUACGCUCUGUGCAUUUGUGAUUAAAUAAAUAAAUAAACAACUAGUGACAUUUAGAAAAGAAGCAAGUCGAAUUUACAAAGCGGAGCGAACAGAAGGAGACGUGUCUAAAUGCCAGGUGCAUGGCUGGAUUCCGCAGCCUUGAUUCUGGGGGUGCGCUGAGAUUGUAAAGGAUAGACAAGCCAACACAACACACAGUACAGUACCUCUUCUGGAAGCGAUCAACACAGUACGGCACUGGCUUUUUAACUGACACUGCGUGAAGAAAAUGAUGGAAUACAUGUAGAAAACGGGAUUUAAAAGAAGUAGAGGUCUGCUGGAAAGCUACACCGGAAAGUUAAGAACUAAAAACUGUUUUGCGGUCAGAACAUAACUAAAUAUAUAACACGAUGUCUGUGCCGAAUGUGCUUGCAAAGGCCCUUUACGACAAUGUGGCGGAGUCUCCGGAUGAGCUUUCCUUCCGCAAGGGCGACAUCCUGACGGUGCUGGAGCGGGAUACGCAGGGGCUGGAUGGCUGGUGGCUCUGCUCCCUGCACGGGCGGCAGGGCAUCGCCCCGGGCAACCGCAUGAAAAUCCUGGUCGGCAUGUACGAGAAGAAGCAGGAGGGGGGUGGCCAGCUGCAGCAGCAGCCUCUGUUCCCCCCACAAACCCCUCCUCAGACCCCACUGCCUUUCCACAAGCAGAGCUACAGCACGCCCUCCCCUGCCUCACAGUACACCGCCAUGCAUCCGGCUUUCCAAAGCCCCGCUGACAAUGUCUACAUGAUGCCCCCCUCUCACGGCAAGGGGCAGAUGCAGAGCAUUUACCAGGUGCCCCCCGGCCCCCAGCACCAGGGACCCCUGGGAAAGCCGCCCCUCUUCCAGAAGCAGGGUAGCCAACAGCAGUACCAGAGCCAGUCUCAGAGCAUUUACCAGGUCCCUCCAUCGCUAGGCCAGUCGCAGGACAUUUACCAAGUCCCGCCGGGGUCCAAGAGCCCCCCUCAGGACGUUUACCAGGUGCCCCCUUCCAUGAACCAAAACCAGGACAUCUACCAAAUACCUCCGUCUAUGGAGAAGAGGAGCUGGGACUCUCCCAAGCCACCGGGAAAGGUGGUGGUCCCGACAAGAGUGGGACAGGUCUACGUGUACGACUCCGGCAAGACGGAGCAAGACGAAUAUGACAUUCCUCGGCAGGAGAUUUACGAUGUCCCGCCAAACAGGGGGGCUCCUGUGAGCCAGUACAGCCAGGAGGUGUAUGACACCCCUCCAAUGGCCGUCAAGGGUCCCAACAGCCGGGAAAUGGUCCAGGAGAUCUACGACGUGCCACCCAGCGUGGAGAAGAACCUGCACAGCCAGAUGCAGUCCCAAACGGUUUAUGACUUCCCCCCGUCGGUCAGCAAAGACGUUCCGGAUGGACCUAUCAGAGAAGAGACUUAUGACGUGCCCCCGGCUUUCAUGAAAAUGAAGAAGAGCCCUGAGAUCAAGCAUGGUCUCUCCCAGGUCCUCCCGCAGUGUCCCCCUGGACUGGAGCAGCACAUCCCAGAGGACGUGUAUGACGUGCCCCCCCUGUCGGGGAAGCUCCAGGACAUGAGCCUAGCCCAGAAGAUUUAUGACAUCCCAGCCAGCCUGAGGAGGACCAGCGGCAGCCAGGACGUGUACGACUUCCCCAGGGAGCACCAGGGCUCCUUGAUGGGGAGCAAGCUCAUGUCAAGCGAGGAAUCGGGCGACUACAUCUACGACGUGCCACCGCAGGUGGUGCGAGACCCCGCCUCGGCCGAGGAGAGGACCAUCAGCUUCAAGAGGCUGUCUGCCUCCAGCACCGGCAGCACCAGGAGCAACCUCUCCACCUCCUCCCUGGAUGUCAUCCCCGUCAAGGAGUCCUCCGUGGCCAAGGAGCUGAACUUGGACUUGGACGUCGCCAUGGAGGUGCUGGUCAAACUCCAGCACAAUGUGGAGAGCUCCGUCUCCUGCCUCAUGUCCUUCAUUAGCAGCAGCUGGAGGAGCCAGGAGCAGAUGGAGACCCACCUCCAGAGCAUCAAGUCAGCCGUGGAGCGGGUGAAGAACUCGGUGAAGGACCUGCUGGAAUUCGCCCACGGGGCCGUCGGCAACGCCGCUCAAGCCACUGACCGCACUCUGCAAGCCAAGCUGGGAAAGCAGGUGCAGAAGAUGGAGGAGUGCUACCAGGGACUGCUAAAGCACAGCCAGGCGCUGGACAACUGCAACUGGGCCCUCAGCGAGCUGGCAGGAGGCAAGCCCAGCUCGGGUGACGAGCUGGACCGCUUUGUCAUGUGCUCUAGGGGCGUCCCCGACGACACCAAGCAGCUGGCUUCUUUCCUCCACGGGAACGCCUCUCUGCUUUUUAAAAGGACAAAGCAGCCGCAGCAGCAGGCCCCGCAGACACCCCAGCUUGGAGACUCUCAGCUCUCUGCGUCUCAGGCAGGGUUGGAGAACGUGGGCCAGGUUACCAACAACAACGUCUCGGCCUACCAGACAGGCCUCCCCGAGAAGGCCAACAUCCAGUCGAGGCCUCUACCAUCACCACCAAAGUUCAUGGCAGAGGAGUCUCCGGACAGCCAGUACGAAAACACGGAAGAGGGUUGGAUGGAGGAUUACGACUAUGUUCAUUUACAGGGUAAGGAGGAGUUUGAAAAGACUCAGAAGAAGCUGCUAGAAAAAGGAAACAUUAUCCGACAGAGCAAAUCAGGGCUGGAGCAGCAGCAGCUGAAGCAGUUUGAGCGUCUGCAGCAGGAGGUGAGCCAGCCCAUUGACAACGACGUCUCCAACUGGACGCCUCCGACGCACUACGCUCAGGUGAGGAGCAAGCUGAGCCCCGGAGAUCGGCAGCUGCUGCUCUUCUACAAGGAGCAGUGUGAGGCCAACAUCACCAUGCUGACCAACGCCAUCGACGCCUUCUACACCUCCAUCACCAGCAACCAGCCGCCCAAGAUCUUCGUGGCCCACAGCAAGUUCGUGAUCCUGAGCGCGCACAAGCUGGUCUUCAUCGGGGACACGCUGUCCCGGCAGGCCAAGGCGCAGGAGAUCCGCAGCAAGGUGACGCAGCACAGCAACCUGCUCUGCGACACGCUGAAGGAGAUCGUGGUGAGCACCAAGAGUGCCGCCCUGCAGUACCCCUCACCCACCGCGGCCCAGGACAUGAUGGACAGGGUGCGCCACCUGGUCAACACCACGCAGCACUUCCAAAUGGUGCUGACACAGCUGGCAGCCAUGUGAGGAUGGAUUUUAUCAGACUUUUUAUUGUGCUUUUUAGAUUUAAAAGGACUUGUUACCAGACUGUGAAAGGCCAUUGGUUGUAAAUGAAUGAUUGUAAAUAUUUUUGUUUU